UGAGAUCGCUGCAGGAUCAGUACACCCAUCUACCCAGUUGCUGCCACCCACGUACCUGGCACUCAGUACACAACAAACCUAUCUAUCACCCCUGUUGAAGUACCGGAUAUCACAAUGCCUGCUGUCAAGUGCUUGCUUUUCGACUGCGACAACACUCUUGUCCUUUCGGAGCCUCUCGCCUUUGCAUCAUGCGCUGACCUGCUGAACGAAAUCCUUGAGAACCACGGUCGCUCCGAGCGCUUCACGGGUCCAGAACUUAUGAGCACCUUCGUCGGCCAAAAUUUCCGCGGCAUGAUGGGUUCCCUGCAAGAGAAAUACGGCUUCACCAUGACGGACGCCGAGCUCGACUCCUACGUCGCCCGCGAGCUCGAACACACCGUCGAGAAGCUCGAGGCCGCCGCGGAGCCCUGCGCCGGCGCGAUCGAGGCGCUCGAGCGGCUGCAGGCAUCGGGCAAGUACCAGCUCGCGGUCGUCUCGUCCUCCGCGCUCUCGCGCGUGAAGGCGUCGCUGAAGAAGGUCGACAUGGAGCGCUUCUUCGCGCCGGAGCACGUGUACUCGGCCGCGACGAGUCUGCCCGUCCCAACGAGCAAGCCGAACCCGGCGAUCUACCUGCACGCGUGCAAGGAGCUGGGCUACAAGCCCGAGGAGUGCGUCGCGAUUGAGGACAGCAAAUCUGGCGCGACGGCGGCGAAGAACGCGAAGAUUCCGCUUGUGGGGUAUGUUGGGCCGUAUGAGGACGAGGAGGAGAGGGUCAAGAUGCGGAAGGUGCUGUCGGAGGACUGCGGGGCCGUGGCAAUACUAGAGCACUGGAAGGACUUUGAGGAGGUGCUGAAGAAGAUUGAGAGCGCGUAGAUGAGGAGCAGGUCGUAUCAUCGGCCUCCAUAGAGAGAAGGACGACGCGACCAGUAGGAUAUCGAUCGCCAUCGUCCCAAUGAACAACGAUGAUGUACAUGAUGGCAGGAAGAAAGGAGCGAUACCAUGCCCUCUC